UGUUAUGAUGCAGUUCCACAACACACAGCCACAUUCACCCACAGACCGAGGUACAGAACGAGAGACAACCUCUGCCCCCCCAGCAGCUGGCCAGCUUUGCAGCCCCAGUCUUGAGCCCCCAACUACCCUCCCCCCACCUGCCCCCAUCUCCUUCCCAAUUGAAGGAGCGGAAAGAGAAGAGAGAAGAGUGAGCAGAGAGAUUGAGAGAUUGAGAGAGAGAGAGAGAUAGACGGAGAUCUCUGGAGCAGACCUCAAGGUGAUUUCUAUUUCUAUCUGGUUCUCGUCUGGGGGGGCCCUGGCCGGGCAGCCCCCCAACAUUUCUCCUGCCCUGAAACACGGCUCUAGCCAACCUGCUCCGCUGCUUCACCUGCGACCGUCUCUGCGGGGGCUGCACAGCGCCAGCCCCUCCAGCCCGCCAGGGCAUUGUCCUCCAGCCCGUCAUGCCCAGCUGUGACCCCGGUCCGGGCCCUGCCUGCCUCCCCACCAAGACUUUCCGCAGCUACCUGCCCCGCUGUCACCGAACUUACAGCUGCGUCCACUGCCGUGCACACCUGGCCAAACACGAUGAGCUUAUUUCCAAGUCCUUCCAAGGGAGCCAUGGCCGAGCCUACCUGUUUAACUCCGUGGUCAACGUGGGCUGUGGGCCGGCUGAACAGCGCCUCUUGCUCACGGGACUCCACUCGGUAGCUGACAUUUUCUGUGAGAGCUGCAAAACCACACUGGGCUGGAAAUAUGAACAAGCUUUUGAGACAAGCCAGAAGUACAAGGAAGGGAAAUACAUCAUUGAAAUGUCACACAUGGUGAAGGACAACGGCUGGGACUGAGGGGCUCAGGCAGGGUGUGCCCUUCCUCCGCAUGCCCCUCCUUCCCCAUGGCCCUGCCAAGCAGUCCAUACCAGCAUGAGUACUGCCCCACCCCUGGGGGAAACCUGGCUCCAACCAACCCCUCCCCUGCCUCCACCAUAUCCACUACCAGGCACCCUUUGGAACAGGGGUCUGGGGGUACCCCAGGGGUGUUAAGGCUCAGGAGUGGGCAGCAGUCAGGGAGAGACAAAACUGGGGGAAAGGGAUAGUUGUGGGUCCUUCUGUUCCCAAGAUCUUGAAAAUCCAGGCGAAGGCAGGGUGUAGAUUCAGGCGGAGAGGAUUGUGGGAGGAAUCCAUUUUUGCCCCACCUCUUUUUGCGUGAACAGAGGACAACCUUGGGUCAUAGGGCUAGUAGACCGUGGGCCACAGAAUAGCAGAGGAGAAAAGGCUUGGGUUGGAGUGAAAUUUUGGUCUUAGACACCAGGAGAGACCAGAGUCUCUGAGGAUGAAGUUUCCCACCCCUAUUUAUAGGGGAAAGGGCUCAGGGGUGCAGGGAAACUCAAAUCCCAGGCCCUGGGAAAUAGUACAAGAAUCAAAGGGGUUUUCAUUUCACUCCACUUGUUUAUCUUGGCACUGAAGAGGCACUUUCGAGUAUCUAACUUUUGCCAUUGGGUGGGGCGAGGACAGCUGCACCCGGAAUAGCCCCCACCCAGUCGGCUGCUUCCAGAGCAAGCAGUCUUUAUGGGCUUUCUGAGGCCCAGUCACUGCUCCUGGGACCCAGUCCCCUAGAGGGGAGGUGGAAAAUCAGUGCUACGGGGCCAGUCUUUUCCGUGGCUGCCACCAGCGAAUGAAACUUUUGUAUGAUACAUAAAGUGCUUGGGUCUAUUUUUAAUAAAAAGGGAAAAAGCAACUGGA